AUGAGAAACAUAGAAAUUAAAGCAAAAGUCAGUGACCUGAAGCAACUUCUAGAAAAAGCUAAAAUUCUAGCAGGUCAAGAAGCUAUCAUCAUAAAACAGCAUGAUACCUUUUACAAUGUCCCAAAUGGACGUUUGAAGCUCAGAAGAUUUGUAGAGAAUGGAGAAGGUGAAUUAAUCUUCUACAACCGUCCAGACAGUGAAGGCCCCAAACUAUCCUCAUUUGAGAAAGUAAGCCUUCAAUCUCCAAGUGUGGCAGGUUUAAAUAAAGUACUUGAUAAAGCAUUAGGGGCUAAAAUUGAUGUUAAAAAAACUAGACAUUUGUUUUUGGUAGAGCAAACCCGAGUGCAUGUAGAUGAAGUUGAGGAUUUGGGGAGUUUUAUGGAGUUGGAGGUAUGCUUAAAACCAGAGCAGGAAAUAUCCGAAGGAGAAAAGAUUGCUUAUGAUUUGAUGGAAAAGUUGGGGAUAAAUAAACAGGAUCUGAUUAGUGGAGCAUAUGCGGAUCUUAUUAAAUAA